AUGGCCACCUUAAACGAAAAACAACAACCUUCAUCUCCAGCAAGCGCAACACCUAGACAAGGAUCCAUAGAGGAGGGUACCUUGGUGGACCAGGCUUCAUUCGACAAGAAGAGGCAACGACCCGACGGCAAGAUUGAGCUUACAGACGAAGACGUCUGGGAUACUCACCUCGGUUACACUUGGCCAUGGUGGAAGAAAUGGGGAAUUCUCUCCGUUAUCUUCUGCGUACAAGUGUCUAUGAACUUGAACGCGAGUCUGUACGCGAACGCCGUGACAGGACUGACGGACGAGUUCGGCAUCUCGGCCCAAGCAGCCCGCGUCGGCCAGAUGAUAUUCCUCGUUUCAUAUGCUUUCGGUUGUGAGCUAUGGGCACCUUGGUCUGAGGAGCUCGGACGCUGGCCUAUUCUCCAGCUCAGUCUGUUCUUUGUCAACAUCUGGCAAAUACCUUGCGCACUCGCGCCUAACUACGGCACAAUAGUCGUGUGCAGAUUCCUUGGUGGUAUCUCCAGUGCUGGCGGAUCUGUAACGCUCGGCAUGGUAGCUGACAUGUGGGAGGAACAUAACCAGCAAUACGCUGUGGCAUUCAUCGUCUUAUCAUCCGUCGGAGGUUCGGCUGUUGGGCCCAUCUUCGGAGGCUACGUCGAGCAAUCGCUUAGCUGGCACUGGUGCUUCUGGUUGCAGCUCAUCGCCGGCGCAGCAGUCCAGUUCAUGCACUUCUUCACUCCGGAAACCCGCUCGUCUGUCCUGGUCACGCGCGAGGCCAAGCGUCGCCGCAAGGCCGGCGAGACGAACCUCUACAGUACGGAGGAGUUGAAUGGCUCGGCUCUGUCCGUGAAGAGCGUGCUCACUAUCUGGACGCGCCCAUUCAUCAUGUUCGUGCGCGAGCCGAUCGUUCUUUGGCUUUCGCUCUUGAGUGGGUUCUCCGACGCGCUCAUCUUCACUUUCCUUGAGGGGUUCUCGCCUGUAUUCAAGCAAUGGGACUUCAAUACCGGAGAGAUCGGCCUUGCCUUCAUUCCCAUCAUGAUCGGCUACUUUAUCGCAUGGUUCAGUUUCUUUCCCUUCAUUCGCAGCCAGAUUCGGAAACGUGAACGGGAUGGCCCCGACUCUCUUGCUCCUGAAGCUCGCCUGUACUGGCUGCUCUACCUCGCACCGCUCGAGCCCAUCGGGUUGUUUGGCUUUGCAUGGACCAGUCAAGGACCGCCCACCACGCACUGGAUUGCUCCUCUGCUAUUCUCUGCUCUCAUCGGUAUCGCCAACUACGGUAUCUACAUGGCCACUAUCGAUUACAUGAUCGCCUCGUACGGCCCGUACAGUGCAUCCGCAACCGGCGGGAACGGUUUCGCCCGCGACUUCCUCGCUGGCAUCGCCGCCAUGUACUCUACGCCGAUGUACUCCAACAUCCCUGGAAAGCCGCUCGAAUACGCCUCAACAAUCCUCGCAUGCAUCGGUGUACUCGUCGUCAUCCCCGUCUACCUCUUCUACUGGAACGGCCCGACGAUCCGUGCGCGCUCUAAGUUCGCCAUGACGCUCGCUAGUGAACGCCACGAGCAUCCGCAUCGGCCGACGACUGUUGGCGAGAAGGCGCAUGCGGACCAGAUCGAGCAUAUGGAGCAUGCGCCGGCGCCAAAUGAGAAGGCUGGUACUGGUGCUACCGUUGAGCAUGCCGAGCACGCAUAG